GUUCGGAGAAGUUUCCCCGCUGCAUGAACUGAACAGCUGAGUUUGAAGCGGUAUUACCACCAGACCAUACGAGUCACAGUAGAGCUGAAGAUGGAGGAGAGAGUCUGUAUCUUCCUGCUUGUUUUAUUCUUCAGUCAUCAAGUUGUCAGCGGAAAUCAUCAUGUCUCCUGUCCAACUCCACCCAUCGAGGCAGAAGAAGGUGAUGUUGCUGAGCUUCAGUGUCGUCUGGAUCCAUCAGUGGACUUGAGGAAAGAAACGCUGGAUUUUACCAGAGCUGACAUCAACAAAGAGGUGGUCCACGCAUAUCGACAUGAAAAGGACCAAACUGAUCCACAGAUGGAUCAGUACAGAGACAGGACGACUCUGAUCCAUGAAGAUCUGAUCAGAGGAAUCAUCAGUCUGAACAUCUCCUCAUUGAACCUGACAGACAGUGGACUGUACACAUGUUACGUCCCAGACCUGGAAGCCAGUUGUACCAUGAAUGUUACUGUUGUGAGAAAGAAAGAUGAGUUCACAACAACGAGACCUCCAGUGACAGAAAACACUGAGUCAGAGAAACCUGGAGCUGAGGAGAAUAAGAGGGUUGGUGCCAUUGUUGGUGUUGGUCUUUUUCUCUUUGCUCUUGUCCUCAUUAUUCUCAGAGUCCUGGUGAAACGUAGAAAUCUCUGGAUGAAGAAGAAGCAGGAAGCAGAGAAAACACCAAACAUCUCUGAGAUGGAAAAGCUGGAGACGACAUCAACAGAAGGAGAUGAAGAGCUGCAGAAAACGCUUCAGGAAACUUCCUGAAAGAGGUGUAGUUGUUGUUGAUGAACUGUCUGGACUGAGACAUCAAAACUAUUGAGGUUUUUUUAACCUUUAAAGCAUUAUGGUUCUCAGCAGUUUGAGCCACAGUAAGUCCUCAGCUCAGCCUUCACUCCACAUGUGCAUCUGUCUGUUUACAUUCGUAACUUUCUUCUUCUCUGUUACUAAAGUUUAAGUGGAUUUCUGUUGGUUAUUUAUGUAGUUUACCAGAAUCAAAAUGGAUUUUAUAAAAACCAGGGCAGCCAGGUGUCAGUCAGUUUGGUUUUAAGACGUUUUUACUUCAUUAUUAUAAUCAAGCACAGGUUAUUAGUUUAGAUGUGUAGUUACUGCAUUCAGCCUGUAGGUGGCAGUGAUGAGACACAGAACAACAACAGAGACUGUGGGUUAUUCACUGAUCACAGGGUUGGUGGUUUGAUCCCCAGCUGCUGAAGUGUCCUUGAACCCACAGUUUCCUCACUUGUGAGUCUCUCAGGAUAAAAUGGUUGAAUGUAAAUGUGUCUCUGUCAGAUUAAUGUGUCUCUUUGUUUUCCACUGAUCUCAGGUUUUCUAACUUAAAAACAGCUGGAAGCUUUGUUUCCUCUGCUGUGUGGACGGUGGAUUUUAAACUGUUUCCUCUUUUCCAAUCUACUUUGAACUUGUAUGUAUUUUGCCCUGCAUUAUAAAACUGUAAUGUAAUCAUCAUAUGACACUAAAUGAUGAAAUGACUUUGACCAGCUUCAGUGUUGCUGUAGAAGUUCAUGGUUAAAUGUUUCCUGCUGGACAGGAACCUUUGUUCACUUGUUGUUCACUGACUGAGUUUGUAAAUAAAGUUGGUUUGAAAACA